AUGGCACACAAUGAAUACCAAAGCAACACAUACUCGCAGUACCCGAACAUAAGUCAGGCACCAUACCCACCAGGAAACCAGCCAGGGUUUCCAAACCAAAACAACGGAAUGCAGCCGCCACAGCAGCAGCAGCAGCCACCAAUAAUGUCUCAACGGCCGACUAAUAUGGGCGGCCCAGGAGAGCCCUACCCGCAGCAAAUGAACCACAGUGCCUACAUGGCGCCAGACAUGAGCGUCGGUGGGAUGACACAGUCACAGUAUAAUCCAAAUCGUCCUGCGGCAGCGUACAACCCACCCAGACCUCCGUCACAGUACACCGCUCGGCCCCCUCAGUCGCAGUACCCGCAUCCGCAAAAGCGCAAUAAAAGCGGCACGCACUAUGGUCACUUGGUCAGCGAAAAGCCCGAUGGAAAUACACCUUGUAGUGGCGAUGCCUGCAAUGCGUGCUGCAAGUAUAACGUCCUCGCGUGUUUGUUCUGCUGCAACGGGUGGAUGCGACUUUGCGGCAAUGGCAUGAGUAUCAAGGAUAUUUUGUCGCAUAAGUAA